GCCAACAGGAAUUUCUUUUCCUAGCCCAGUAAUGCAAGCAAAGAACAAAAAGAUAAGUCACGUUUUAGGCAAGUAAUCAAGAAAGGAAAGUUCUCUCCUUUUGGGUUUCUACUUUCUACCAUCAUUAAGUACAGAUAAUCAUCAUCAGAUUCACCACAAAUCACUGUCCUAACCCCGGAUUCGUCCUUGAUUAGAGCCACCAUGCAAGGCCUUCUGCAAGCAGUGAGAUCAUGUCGUGAAAAGCUAAGGCUUGCGGUUCUAGGGCAAUCACAGGCAAGAAAUGCAGGGGAGUUCAAGGGAUCAAAGGACAUAAUGGUGAUGGAGUCUCCAAGAAUGCAGCUCAAGGGACUGGAGAACACGACGGUAUCAGAUGUAUUGAUGACCAAAGGAGGAGAGAAAGCGGGUUCAUGGCUUUGCUGUAAAAUGGAUGACACGGUUUAUGCUGCUGUAAAACAAAUGGCUCAAAACAACAUUGGGUCCUUGGUGGUUCUGAAGCCUGGAGACCAUCACCAGAUAGCAGGAAUCAUUACAGAAAGGGAUUAUCUCAAGAAGGUGAUUGUGCAAGAUAGAGCAUCCAAAUACACAAGAGUUGGAGAUAUUAUGACUGACCAGAGCAAGUUGAUAACAGUUGCAUCCGACACAAACAUUCUACAAGCUAUGCAGAUCAUGACAGAGAACCAAAUAAGGCAUGUCCCAGUGGUAGACGGAAAGAUUGUGGGUGUGGUCUCAGUUGUGGAUAUUGUCCGAGCAGUAGUGGAGCAGCAGAGAGGAGAAGUUAAGCAACUAAAUGAAUUCAUCAGGGGAAAUUACUAUUGAUGAAGUACACAUCUAAGACACCGUAUACUACACCUUGCCUUAUGACUCUACAUUGUCUGAAGCACAAAGCAAAUAACCAAAUAACUGGAGAAAUCCACUCGAUCAACUGUAACUCUACAUUGCCUGAAGCACAAAGCAAAUAGCUAAAGAAACACAGAAAUCCACCCUGUCAAUUGUAAUUCGAGCUAUAUUCUUGCAUAUGAGGAUAUUAUGUGUAAAAGACAGAUUUAUUAUCCAGUACCCACUUUCACUAGUGAUGUUUUA